CUACUUUCGCCGGCGGACUGAUUCGGCGCGGCGGUGGCGCGGUCGGUCGCGGAUCCCCCAUGGUGGAACGUGGAUGCUGUGUGCGCGGUGGUUUGUGUUUCGUACACGCGCGAAUACGGACGACAAUAUACGCAAGCCGGCUGUGUCUGUCGACGACAACGACGACGACGUGUGUGUCCGCAACGUACUCGCGUUCUCCCGUUUCGCAGCCGUUGUUGUUCCCGCGAGUGACAAUAUCGUUCGAUCGUACGUUCGACGGAACGACGAUGCUCCCCGCUGUCAGCGGUCCGUAUUGCGCUGUGCGCGAUCGCGACGCGCGAGCGGUCAGUCCGCUGAAAUGGUUGAUUGCAACAGAUUAGUAAACAAAACUCGGUUUACAGGUGGACACGAUACGACGUACAAGUGAGGCAGCGUACUGACAUCACUCACGAGAAAGAUAACUACGACGAGGAUCAAGUACGAAGCGAAAUGUGCUCGUGACGCAAAGGAAGGGCAGAAAUUUAAACAGCGACCGAGAAAGGAAUAGGAAGAGCUCCUGGUAAUCGCAGCUACAGGACUGAAGAAUUAUGUAAUCGUCCGUCGAGAGGAGUCGUCGAUCACUGAACUCGCCCGUUCAGCUCGGAAUGCGGGAUUCCUUCGCAAUUUUUGGCAAGACAUUGUGUUUGGCUUGGGAUUACGUUCGACGCGAAUUGGAUGCAGUGACGUCAUCGGGAGUUAGCACCACGGAUGUCAGAAGGCAACACGAGUUGGCUAUGGCUUGUGCAGUGAAGCUUCAGCUGCUGCUCUCCAAGCCGCCCUUGAUCUCUUCAUGGCAGCUACGAGUGACAGCGGGCUAGUGGACGCAGAUCCAGGUCGAGUUAGCAGUAUGACAGCCAUUAACUCGAUCAACGUAGUUUCCAACUCCGCUGUUGCGCAUCGUGUGCCGGGUCCGGUCGGGGAGGUGGGCGGCGUGAGGCUGCCUCUGCAGUCAUUACAUGGAUACGGAUCUGUGUUCAUGUACUCGGCGUCGACGAGUCCCGGGGGUGGAGGUGGCCAGGGUGGCGGAGGCGGGGGUGAGGUCACCCUCCGCCUCCGCGAACCCGAGGACAUUCCCGAAGAGGUCCUCGCCCGCCUCGAGGACACCGCCACUCUCUCCAUCUCUCUUCAAAGCGAUGCAGUCCUGAGGCUAGGGGCGGCUGGCACAGGAAAUGGAAACUUAGAGCUGUUCGAUAGUGAGAGCGGGCCGGACCUCACGUUAUCACCUCAAACCUUCACGUCAACGGCGGAGGCCUUCAUCAAUGACAAUAGCGACAGUCUCGGGGUUCCAGGAGACAACGAUACCGGUAGCAGCGAGGAGUCGAGAGCCGGUGCCGGUGAUCCUGGGAAACUGGGAGUGAAGAAACCGAGACCGAAGCCCUCCUCGCCGAACAGGCAGGGACCACAGCAGUGUCAGGUCUGCGGGAAGGUGUUCAACAACGCAUCGGCGCUCACGAAGCACAAGCUGACGCACAGCGACGAGAGGAAAUACGCGUGCACGAUGUGCGGCAAGGCGUUCAAGCGGCAGGACCACUUGAAUGGACAUAUGCUGACACAUCGGAAUAAAAAGCCGUAUGAGUGCAAGGCCGAAGGAUGCGGCAAAUCUUAUUGCGACGCGAGGAGCCUGAGAAGGCACACAGAAAAUCAUCACGCUGGUAGCAAAGUUAAUGAGAGCAUCAGUCCUAGCAGUCCUCCGACCGGGCCUCAUACGCCUAACACACCCGGAAGUAAUCCCAGCACACCGAGCACGCCCGGUGCGACCUCCACGACAAAUGGUCACGGGCAUGCUGCCUUGAAGCAACUACUCGCCACAGAACCCGCGCAAACGCAACAACAAAAAAGCGCCACAUCCCCUGGUGCCAGCAACGAAGGCCUCACAAAGCAGCAGCUGGAGCUCAUCCAGCAGAUCAUGCAGCAAACGCAACAGCAACAGCAGCAAACGAAUGCGCAACAGCAACAGCAGCAACAGCAACGAACCACUACUCCCUCAACAGCGGUAGCCGCACAAAUACAAAAGACACAAAAACCGUCCAUCAAGUCCACCGCGUCGCCCGGCAACAUUUCCAACAAUUCUGGAAAUGGCAACGCGACCAACAACGCAAGAUCGAGUCCGAAGCCAAAGGUCUGGAGUCACUCACAGCAACAACAGCAGCAGGCGCAACAGCAGGCGCAGCAGCAGCAGCAACAGCAGCAACAACAAGUCGGCUCACCGGGCAGCGGAAAUGUGGGAAAGAGCAGUCCGUCUCCCGGAAACUCGUCGUCUCCCGGUACGGUCGCGACUGCCAACAAGUCCCAAACGGAGCCGAAACCGGUGGAGUGCAAUCUGUGCCAUCGAAAAUUUAAAAACAUACCAGCCCUAAAUGGCCAUAUGAGACUUCACGGUGGUUACUUCAAAAAGGACGCGGAGAACAAGAAGAGUGAAAAGAAGGAGGUCGUUGGGCCGCCCCUGCAAACGGCGUCCGUCAGCGUGAGAGCGCUCAUCGAGGAGAAGAUCAUACAGAAGAGAACGACAGCAGCGGACGCGAAUGGCAAUCAACAGCCUCGCACGAAUGCCACCGUCUUCACCACGCAAGCCGAUGCCGUCUCGCAAAUCGCCGGCAAGACGAGCUUUGCGGUGCCAGCACCACCGCCCUUGGCGGCGGGGGAGAAGGCGCGUCGGCUUUCCGAUGGUGAACACUUCCGGCAGCCCAAUGUUACCGUGGGCAGCCACGCAACCGUGCAAAAGCAAUUACAGGACGCACAAAAUCAGGCUCAAGCGCAAGCUCUGGCCGAUCUGAUUCUAAAGGGUGCGAAGGUGGCUGUGAAGAGAACAACCUCCGAUCCGGGGCAGAGAUUACACCUGACUUAUCAGCAGCCUGUGCAAUCAGCUACGACUAAUCAGCAACCGAAUAAUCAGCAGCCGCAAGCACAACCUGCGGUAACGGAAAGCUUCACGAUGACCGGUUACGCUGAAGACGGUGGUUACUUUAGCCCAAGUCUGCAGGACGAAGUGUUUCAGCAAGUCACCACGGUUCCUGACAGCGUGCUUCUGCACGCCACUCAGUUGGACUCGAUUCAGUUUCAGACGACCAGCCUGUUGCAAGAACAAUCCACCGAGCAGCUGCAGGAUAUCACGCUGGAGGACCGGUACUCAUCGCAGCACACUGUCAAUCCGGAUCUACAAGCGUUGGUCAAUUCGCCGUUACCUGACUCACUGGCCGAAUUCAGCACUUACGCCGCGCAAUACACGGAGAGUCCACAUACGUUGCCCACCCAAUCGCCUCUGCCGUCACCGUUGACGCGACACGACAGCCCGAGCUUCACGUAUCCCACGCCACCAGCCAGCCAGGAGGGCUUGCUUACCGGAAGUUUACCACUGCUGAGUCCUCAGGAGGACCCGGAGAGCUGUAGACAGGUGUCGUCGCCGCUCUCGGCGGCGUUCUACACCACGUCGAUGUCAUCCGCCGCGGCUGUAGAGGAGGCGCUGAACGAGGUGCUGCCGGGCGAAUCCGAGGCGGACGCGGACCUGUACGGGUCCGGCUCGCCGAAUCCGCACUCGCCACUGCCAAGCCCGUUGUCAGCGACCCCGGCGCCGUCGCCGUUGUCCUCGCUCCCACCGUCCUCCGUUUCGUCGCCAGGCCCGGUCACCUUCACCGGCACCGGCAGCUUUCCCGUGUCGCCACAUCAUGCGUUGCAGAGUCAGAUGAUGCCGAACUCGGAAGAUCCGCUGCUGUCGUCGACCCCGAAGGACUUCAACACUUCCGGACGCAGACGAUUCGAAUUCCAAUCGUACAAGCUGAUCACGAGCCAGAAUCUGGUGGAUUUCGGUCUCGGAAACGGCAGCCUGGCCGGCAUCGUCGUCGACAACAACGGCGAGUUCAAGCUGAUACAGACGGCAGGUCUGCAGAAAACGAACGUAGCUGGUGCAGGCGGGCGUCGCUGAGUCCAGCGUUGGCGUUCAGAAGGAGAUCGUCUGGCGACGCCGAAGGUCGAGCCGGUAACCGUCAAUCUCGGUCUGAACGUUCAAACGGCGAACCAGCAGCAAUGCAACAGCGCGGGACAGUUCAAUCAGCAGCAGGUCGUCAAUCCGGUCAAGUUUCUCGUUCAAACCAAUCACACGACAAAGAACAACAUCUUGAGACACAAACCGGUGGUCGGAAAUCUACCUGUGCCCAUUGAGCAGAUCAAGGAAGAGCUGCUGGACGUGGAGGACGUGUUUCUCAGUCCCGGCAGUUUACCCGCUGGCAGUCCCGUGCGACACUGUCGGAAGAGGCCGCGCAUGGACGGCGGCCAAUACGCCAACAGUUCGCACUCUUAUCCGUCACGGUUGCGGAAGGCCUGCGACCGCCACUGGGACAGCAGCUACACGCCACCGCCGAUUCUGGACCCGUCUCGCCCCGGGCCGGGACUAUACGCUAGAUUGCAUCAGUAUGAGAGAGACUCGGAUUUCAGCUCGGACGAUUCUCAGGGGAACGACGGCCCGCCGCCGCGGAUCAACAUCGGCACGAGAUAUCAAGCCACGAUACCACCGGUGGAGCGCGACGGGGAUCGUGGAAAAGACGGUCCGGAAGCCGAUCAUCUUCUGUGGGAUCCCGGCAUAAACAAUGUGCUUACGAGCACCGAGCUGGAGAUGUAUCUGCAGUUCGCAUGUUGCGCCGCAGUGCCGGGCGGUGGUAGAAACAAGGAGUAUGCGCUUCAUCUGCUGCACAUGUGCAAGGGAAACAUCCAUGAAGCGAUGGUAAAAUUAAUGCGACCGACACCCACGCUUCCGAUGGAGCAUCCGCUGCUCAGCUACGAGUGCCACGAGUCCGACAGAUGGACGUCACACGAAAUGGACACGUUCUAUCAAGGACUGCUCAAGUACAAUAAGGAUUUCACCGCAAUUUCGCGGGAUGUCGGCGCCAAGACCGCAAAGCAGUGCGUGCAGUUCUACUACCUCUGGAAGAGGCUCUGCCCUGACGAGUACAAGAGGCUGCGUAUUCGUCACGGAAAACCAAAGAUCAAGAGCGAGAGUAAGGACAACAAGGACACCAAGGAACUCCGCGACGCUAUCGCGUCCGUGACGGAAAUGGACUUCGGUGAAGACAAGUCAGUCCUUCAUCGUGCCCUGCUACAAACAAACGAAAGAGAAAACUCGGCGACUCUGACCACCAGCGAAGGAGAGCUGAGGUUAUUCGCAUACGACUGCCCAGAUAGCUUUAGCGGAAGUGUAACAGUAACGAUGGCCGGGAGCACCCAAACCGCCCAAAUCGGCAAUACCGGCCACGCCACAGUCAACACCAACUCACAAACUCACACUAGUUCUGAGCAACAACUACCCGCGCCCACCCCACUUCACUACCCCUGCAAGAUUUGCGGGAAAGUUUUCAACAAAGUGAAAAGCAGAAGUGCGCACAUGAAAUCUCACAGGCCAAUACCCUUACCCGAUUCAACGGGUCAGGAAUCUAAGCGACCCGCACAACAGCCAUCGAAAGUGCAACAGCUGCAGCAACCAACACCGCCGCAGUCGAACCAGCAGCAACAACAGCCGGACAAUGCUACGCCGCAGACUCAAGACCACCAACAGCAACUGCCCGCGAGUAUCAGCGACAACAGCACCCAGAAUACAACACAUCUAUGCCACAAUCCGACAAGGCCUCCAUAGGACGAGAUCCAAAUCGUUAAACUUAAGUUACCUUAACGAAGGCUGUAACGGUAGGGAAGUAGUAUGAUCGCGCACUGUGCAGGUAGGUUCUUACCGAUCGUAAGAGUGACCGCGACCGUCGCCCAAAUCGCUACAAAUAACACUGCGGGAAUAUCUUUUUACGUGAACGAGACCUUUGCUCACGAAGGAGUAGGUUGCGCGAACAAACUUCCAAGAUAGAUAGUUCCGAAAACGCGAAUACCUCUUCGAACUAUGCGCGAACCAGUGCAAGAGAGCGCGACUGGUAAGUUCGCCCGGCCAAACGGACUAAACUAAACUUAUGAGACUCGUACGAGAUAUAUAUUAUAGUCGGCUGUUCAGAAAAAAAAGACAACAUCUAUCGUUAAGGAAACAAUGGAGUAGUAGUUUAACUAUGCAAUCAUAUUU